CGCGCUAAUUGUUCCUGGUCACUUAACUGGCCGAGUGACAUGUCCAGCGAGUUCAUUACUUUAACAGAUCUUGCGGGAGAGGACUUGCAGCGACACUGUGCCUGGAAGGACCGUCAUUGAUACUGUUACAGUCAAACAUAUACCAUGAGUUGCUGCUGUGCGCCAAAGGCGCCAGAAAACGACGACCGCGAGGACGACGACGCUACGUUCGGCCACUUCGCCUCGUCCACCUCAGCCCACGGUUUCGCACGGGUGGUCGGCAGUCGUUACCUGAUUUUCAAGAUUUUCUGGGCCUUGUUAAUCCUUGCCGGGUUUUCUAUAGCCAGCAUCAAUAUUCGAGACCGCUUUUUGUCUUUUCUCAGACACGACACUACCACCAAGAUGAGCAUGAUUUUCCCGAAAAAGCUGCAAUUUCCAGCGGUUACUAUUUGUAAUGCGAACAAGUACAACCAAAAGCUGCUAACCGAAAACGACGAAAAAUUCCUGAAUUCUACAGCAAGCAUUCUAUUCAGCCUUGAGUACGGAGAUGACUAUGGCGAUGAUUAUGACUAUGCAGAAUACGGCGACGAAGACUAUAGUGACGACAGUUACCCGUACAGUGAUCAGAUAUAUGCAGACGGCGCCAGAACCCUGGAACAGGAGCUGAAUGCCUUGAUGGCCGACAUAAACCAGUGGUACCCCGAUGGUUUCGACAUGGAGAAGUUUACAAAAGAGAAAGGGUGGACUUUAAAUGAUGAAAAUCUGGUGUGUUCCUUCAGAGGAUUUCCGUGUAAUGCGUCAGAGGAUUUCACCCACGUGUUCACCCAGUUUGGCAACUGUUACACAUUCAACGGUGACGGUGCACUGUACAGAUAUCAGGACCAGGCCGGCGCCGGCCGCGGUCUCACCUUGGGUAUAGACAUCGAACAGGAUUCCUACUCUAACAAGUUGUCCCGUGGCGACCGCAUGGAUGCCGGGAUAUUCUUCCAAGUUCACAGCCAGUUUGAACCGCCAUCAGUGGAGGCGUAUGGACGCGCCGUACCCCCGGGAUUCCACGCCUAUGCCGGCCUUAUCAGGAAAGAUUCGUCGACCAUGGAGCCUCCGUAUGGAGACUGCAAUGCCUCCUCCACGUUAGACUACCACGCUGUGUACACCAUGUCUGGCUGCGUGGCCGAGUGUAAGCUGGGUCACAUGAUGGACAGAUGUGGAUGUAAACUGAUGCAUUUGCCAGGUCCAGGAGCCACGUGCUCUCCGGAGAUUAUGUUGUCAUGCAUCCGGCCACUCAUGGGGGAAAUCAAGCGAUCGUUUUCCAAAAUGUGCGAAUGCGAGGUGCCGUGCUCCAGCGUUUUAUUUGAAACCUCAUUGUCCUACGCUGCCAUUCCCAGUGAAAGCACAAAGGCAGAAUUAGCCUUAGAACUUGGCACAACAGUAGAAAAUGCCAGGAAGAACUACGUCAUCAUUGACGUAUAUUUCGAAAGUUUGAACUACGUGGAAAGUGUUCAAAUGCAGGCUGUAGAAGUAACGGGGAUCAUCAGUGACAUCGGUGGUCAGUUUGGGCUGUUUAUGGGCUUCAGUCUUCUCACGAUUGUGGAGUUCCUGGAGUUUGGAGUACUUCGCAUUAUCUCUCUUCUGUCAAAAAAACCGAACAAGAAGGUGGAUGUCCAAAAAAUCAACACGAACAAAAAUCCGUGAUCUCUAAUGGGACAGCAACAAAUGAAUGCCAUUUGAUACAAACUGUACAGUUUUAUGUUUAAUAUAAUAAAUGUAAGAAGACUUAAGAAAAUUUAAUUGUUAGAUAAGCUAAAUUAUACCUUUUAAAGGAUCGCCGGUACAUGCACGCCAUUCAUGGAUUUUUGUUAGUAUGGACGCUUGUGUUUCAUUGUCCUUUUUUGUGUUGAAAUGAAAUCGGGAACGUGAUCGAGUCGGACCAAGAACUUCUGAGUCAGACAUAACAGACCCCGUUAUAACUUAACGUAAGAGUUACACCGCAGAAUGUGUUUUGAAACCCAGUUUAAAACACGCAUAUCAAUGCAAAAGAUUAAUGAAUCUCAUAAGUCGGUACUCUCAAUAUAGAGGCACGUUAUAUCCGGGACAAUAGUCAAUAGAUGCCCAUCUUCAAGUAUAUUUGUCGUUAUUUGUCGUUAGGCCUAUUCCCCCACCUCUAGAUGAUUGAAGACACGCGGUAGUGAUCUGUUGAUUU